CUGUCUUAUAAUGCACUGUAAACACUUGCUACUCUAGUCAUCCCUCCUUAGUGAAGCAGCGCGUGCACGGAGAAGGCGGCUUGAUUUGGAGCAGAGAUGCGCUCAGCGUUACUCUGUACUGGACCUCUACAGGAUUGAUUUAUGUACUUAUACUUCAUAGAAGCUCUACACGAGUGAUCUACACACUUACACUCCACGGGACUUCUACAGGAGUGAGCGCAACGUGAGUAAGAGAAGAAGUAUGGAUUAAGGUGGGCCAAGCCCGAAGCGGACCGCACUGCUCCGGAGCUACGGGAAGGAUGCCCGAGCGAGGAUGUGCAGCAGCCGGAAGAUCGUAUGCAGUCUGCUGAUGCUGUCCGUGCUGCAGGUGGGGCUCGGUGCGGCCAGCAUCGCGCUCGGGGCCGUGGCCAUCAGCAGAGCGCGAGACGAGCACAAGACGCAGCAGGGUCAUGCGUCCCCGGUGUGGAGCGGGGUGUGUUUCCUCGUCUGUGGGCUCUGUGGGAUGCUGUGUGCGAGAAAAAGGACUGGACUGGUUAUGAUCCUGUUCUCAGCAUGCUGCAUUUGCGGCCUGAUCGGAGGAAUCCUGAACUUCCAGUUUGUGCGGGCGCUGGUAAAGCGUCCCGAUGCCGUGCGUUCGUUGCACAUGGCAGCCAUGUCUCUGACCUGCCUGGGGAUCAGCAGCUGCACCCUGUCCACGUGGCUGACCUGUCGGCUAGCCAGCAGCGAGCAGCAGCGCAUGUUCCUGGAGCGAGAACACUCGCUGCAUCACUCGCACGAGAUGGCCGAGAAGGUAGAGGACGAACGGAAGAGAGGAGAGCCCAGUCCGGGUGUCUCUCAGUGUCUCAGUGAAGUAAUGGAUAACUCCAGUAAUGGUAUCCCACAAAUCACGUACAAUGGUCGGAGCGCAUCGCCGUGACAAACUUGUGUGUCACUCUGAUGACUUUGCACUCUCAGUAGGAUUGACGUUAAGGAGCGGAUGGCCAUCCGUAGGACUUUCCAGCACACAUCAGCCCCGAGGAUACUGAAUGCUACUGUGGCAAAAAAAGGGAGAAAUCAUCUCUGUGGAUUGAGCAUUCAGGGAUGCGAUGCCUCAGGAGUGUUCAUUAGUGAGUACAGAGCAUUGUAUCAGUGAGCACAGAACAUGCAUGUAACCUUUACUUCCUUUCUCUCUCAUAUUAUCCCUCUCUCCUUUUCUUAAUGCAUUCCUCCUGCAUCUCUCCUUUAUUCCUACUGAUUAUGGGUUAUGGGAAUGAUGACUCUGAUGUCUCUGAAAUUGUCAUGUAUGGCAUAUUGAAUGCUCGGACCUCAAAUUAUACAAAAUGCACAAUGUAAAAUGCUUGUACAAGAGAAUAAUUUAUUGAUUUACAGUAUUUUUA